AAUCCAUCUCUGACAGCUUCCUAGCUAGGUAUUCUUGCUGCAAAGUCGCAAAACACAAUUAAUCAGUCAGAUUGUUGUUUCAGUGAAUAUUGUGACAUCGCUUUCGACAUUUUUGCCUCUGCAAAACGAAUACUAUUAGAGUGCUGCUGUAACUCAUUACUACAGCGAUGAAGGGACCCAGCACAGAGACCGAAGAGGUGGGGGAGGCCAGUUCAUCACCUGAAGUUACCAAUACCGAAGAGCUGCCACCAUACCUCCGCGAAGAGCCACCGGAAGAUCAGGAGAAGGGCCACCCUAAAGCGGAGGCGGGCGUGAUCUGGAGGGUGACGGGCGGACUCUUCAACAUCACGCGGGGCGCGGUGGGCGCCACCCUGGGAGGCGUGGCCUGGGCGGGGAGCAAGGGCUACCAGCUGACCAAGACGGUGGUCACGACCGUCCCCGCCGCCGGGGUGGGCCUGGUCAAGGGAAGCGUCUCCGCAGUAGCGGGGGGCGUGGGGGCAGUGGGGUCAGCGGUGGUCAGCAAAGUCACACCAAAGAAAAAGGACAAGUCCGACUAGUCCCACCGACCCACCUAGGCUUUGGUUUUUCGUUUGUUUGCUGCAAUGGGAGUACCUAAAGGGAUAUUUCUGAGGUUUGGUACAUUUGACACAGGAAUAAGUUAGGAUAACAAAGUAAGGUGUAAACCUCAGUGCUUGUGGUGCAUUUUCUUUGGCGGGGGGGGCGGGGCGGGGGGUGGCGGUAUGGGUUUUGGGAUUCGGUGUGGGGGUGUUGUGGAGCUGCGAAGCGCGAUACACAUGAUUUAGUCUCGAAAGAUCCCUGAAAGCAAGUGCGAUAUCAUCGACACCACUUGACGGCAGAACGGGAUUUAACAACAAUUACUUUCACACAGAUAAAUGCCAGCAGAACACCCUUUAACCUUGGACCAAACUGAAACAUACAGCCCGACGACAGCUUUGCAACCGACGUGCUUUUCAUUCCGUUAUUGAAGAUAAGUUGUGUGAAUGCUUUAUUCACGUCCUCGAAGAAGCACGGCUCCAUUAGUGUUGCUCUGCUGUCUACAGAACUCUCUAGAAAUGGACCAUUAUUUCCUAUAGUAAAGAACACUAUUGUACAUAAAAGCAUCAUGUUCGUUCUGUCUUACUGAACAUCAGUGUUUUUUAGUAUGUGCUUUUAAAUAUGUGAAGAAAUUGGUGGGUUUUACCAAAGUUUAGACCUGAUAAAAAUUAAACUGAACUCCAAAAAAUACGAUUUCAAAAAGAAACUAAAUCUUUUUCUAUUACACCUGCUUUUUCAAGACGCAUUAAAGUGGCAGUUGUGAUUUAGUUCUUUUCAGAUUGUAUGUCACAGUUUUGAUGCGAUGUAGGCCCUGUAUAGCAAAUUCCAAUCAGUGUGUCAUCUAUAUCACUGCAUGAAGUUUCCCCACGCAUGCCGGAGAAAUUCACAGCAGGCAGCGAAAAAAAAAAUCUGUGAUGAUAGGUUCACUGGUCUCAGAGUAAAGGAUGUUCAUCAGCUGUCUGCUCUUAAAUAUAGACGUCUGGUUUUUAGUGAUGAGCUGACUGGGGAGCUCAUUUUUUCUGAACAGUAAGCCCUUUUUCCGGUGAAAUCAGCGGGCUGUUGUCAGAAAAUGAACACUUAUCAAAAAAACUUGCAUCGCUGUGUCUGCAAGCAGUGGUACUCCAGAGGCAGAGCGAUCUCUUCACAUGAGGGCUGGUUCGGAAAGUGCGCGUAUGAGAAAGAAGCCAUUAGAUGAGGUGGAUUGAAACAGAAGGCCCAAAGAUUAAGAAUGAACGGUUGAGAAAUGAACAGCAGUAUUGGCUGCAAGGUUAGUAUGAAACUAAUCGCACUGUUGCCCUCUUGUACAGUGAAUACAGGAAGAACCUAGGGAAAGGGGGCGCUUUUUUUUGUCAGUUGAAGACAGUCUAAUUAUGACAGCAAACAAACAUCUGUACAAUACUAUGAUGCACACAGACUGCCAGAAGGUCCUGAAUGGUUUCAGUAGAGCACCGUGUCAAUGUUGAAUCAUGUGCAGGGUGAGGUAUGGGGGAAUCGGUGUUUACGUCAUGCCCUUGCAUUAAUGUAUGUUUACGUGCCUAUGUAGACUAGAUGGAUACUGAGAUGUGCUGCAUUUCCCAGGAGUUUUAUAGAAGCUCCCGAACAGGACAGCUGUUACUAUUUGCAUUUAUUAUUCUACAUGCACAUGCUUUUUCUCAUUUAAAACGUGCGUUUAUUUUUAUUGUUACAGUAUACCCUGUCAUGCUAACGCUGCAGAUCUGAGCUGUUUUUUGUUUUCCGUUUUUUCUUUCUUAAAAUCGGAACGUGGAUUUCCAAUCUUUUACCACGGCUAAGUGUGUAUUUAAGGAAGUUCUCGUAUGUUCAUUAGGAGUUUCAAAUGAAAUCCCUUGCUUGGCAUGUAGUCGUGUAUGCUAGUGCAUUGCAUGCUUCAGGCUGUAGUUUCCAGUAUGCAGUAUGGUAUAAUUAUAUUUCUUUUUCUUCCAUUGUUUUUUUUUUUUUUGUUUUUGUUGUUUUGUUGCUCAUUUAUUUUUCCCAUUAGAUUCUGGUAGCAAUUUCCUGUAUCAGAGGAUCUGUUGCUGUAAAUUGGACUUUGACGACAGUUUAGAUUUUGUCUAUUAUAGAACUAUUUUUGCAAACUUGAUGCUGUAUUCUACAAAUAAAGUAACUCUGUAUUUUAAGAAGCACAAAA